AUAGUGUUGGGUGUCGUGGCUUGUGUUCAGUUUUUGAUCUAUUUGCUAUAUAAAUCCUCUGCUAGCCAUUUAAAACAUUAACUUGCGUAAAGAACAACAGCGGUCACUGACAAGAAAACAUCCCCGGUAGCGUACAUGCUAUAUGAUUUGCUGCAUAUUGUCCAACAACGUUGACUUUUGCUAUUCAAAGCUGUAAAGAAAGCGAAGUACCACAUCACGGCUUUAUUUCUGUGCAAAGAUAAGCGACAAACACAUUUAAAGGCAUGUUUAAAGACAAAACUGCAUGGUUCUCCACCAGUGUUGAACCGAGAAAACGCAGUUUCUGGGUGUCUGAAGGGGGAGCUCUAUCUACCUGGAAAGAAGCAGAUUAUCUCUUCAGCGAUGAUGCCUCUGCCGAGGACACUACAAGGAUCUUUGACAGUGAAGACUAUAUACAGAACAGGGCAACAGUUUUCCACAGUGAUUUCCUGUCAACCUGUGAACAACGGCGGAGUGUUAAAUCUGUGCCCAUUGGCCACUAUGUGCUCCCUCCAGUCUCCAUUCAAACUGAAAUGAGAGCAAUAGUUGCAAAGUUUAUCUGGGAAAAAGAAGAUCAGCGAAAGUGUGAACCACAAAUAAACGAAGUGUCUGAAGAAAACUUCACUUAUGAGACUGAAGAUCAACCAGUGAGAGGCAGGUGCAGCCAGGAGGAUUAUCAGACUGAUGCAUCGACAAGCAUGGUGUGUCUGUGUUGUAAGAAGCAGUAUCCUGUAAACAACAUGAUCUCAGGAUACGUUCACAUUGACCAAAUGAAAAAAUAUUCAGGGGAACUGCAUGAUUUCAUUCCCUCCUUUCAUGGCCACAGUGUUUCAAGAUCUACUGAAUAGAACUUUAAAUAUGCAUUAUUGUUAUCAUUAAAAAAUGUAAUUUGACAUGCUUAAUGUAGGUGAAUUUCUCUCUAUUUGAUUUUUACAUCGAUUUAUUGAUAUUGGUUUUGUUUCAGUGUUUGCUCGGUCUAUAAUAAUUUGUAUGUUAUGACAAACAGUACUUUGCCUGGCAACAUAAAAUCUAGUCCCUGCAUGUGAAAAGACAUAAUAUUCGCAAUAUUAAAAUACUUAAAGUAA